AUGAGUCAUCUGCCAUAUAGCCCCGACCUGGCGCCGUGCGACUUUCAAUUCCCAAGAAUCAAACAUAAGCAUCGAGGUGUUGAUCAAGGCGAGGUGAUUUACACAAAAGAUGGCAGUAUUUACUUAUUCCAAUACUUGACUACAGUUGAUAUUCCUGUCCCUAAUGGCGUUACUGUAACCUAUGUCAAAAUUACUGUUACCGCUCUUUCACCCCCAAAAGUGGACUACGACAAUUUAUACCACAGAGUUACCAUAAAGUAUAGUUGGACACAGAUUUCUCAAUCAAGUUACAAUAUCAUCGUAAAAGGAGUUAAAGUU